UAUCUUUACUGCAAGAAACAAACCUAACACGUCUCUUCACUUUGUAAAAAAAUAAUGAUUUGCAAUCAUAGCAAGCCCCAGAAGGCACAAAUUCAACCAUGUCAAAUCUUGAAAUGUUCAAGUCAUUUUUAUAAUUCAUGUCUUUUUUAUUUUUUAUUUUCUUCAUUUUACUGCCGCCUUCACUAAAUGCAAACAUACGGAUAAGAAAGGACUACGAAUACAAUUGUACCAGCAACACAAAUUGUGACCAGUAUUAUGUUCCACUACGAAAAUGUAACUUUGUCAUUAAACCUAAGAAGAUCAUCAACAUUUACGAGGAAUCCAUGAAAAAUUACGUGAAGAUGCAUCCUCUAGCUUCGUCCUGCUUGAAAUGUGCAACUUGUAUAGCCGUAGCUUCCGAGGUACAUGCGAUUUUUUCGCAAUCGGUUGAAGGUUGUAAGAAGAAAUUCGAAGUUGAAGAUGUAGUACGGAAAAAAUUGUCCGAUUUAUGCCUGACAGGAUACCGUAAUUACGAUUUGAGAAAGUUCAAGUCCUUAUACGUUUUAACCGAUAAACACAAGAAGACAGCCCAUGUGAACAUCGAUAUGAACGGGAAGUGGCCUAAAAAACUAAGAGAGGUAACAUGCACUUUUAAAGACCAUAUGGACGUUGGUAAUUUAUAUAAACAUUACCUUGAUGGACCAUUCAAUAUGACGGAUUAUCUGUGUAGAAACGGUGGUGUGUUCCGGGACUGUUUGAAUGUCGAUUUCAAAGAAGUGAUUCUCCCAAAUGAGGAACAAGGAAUACUUACCUAUAUCUUCAACUGCUUCUGAAUGAAAGAAAGAUAUAAUUUUAAAAUUUAUUAUACAUCUGUACAAAUAAAUAAAAAUAUAACGAAAUAAAAAUUCUUACAAAAAAAAUAAGUAGAAAUUGAUUGUUGUAUAUUUGGUGGCACAUAAUAAUCAAACUUAUUCAAUAAAAUUAUAGCAUAGUUUUUAAUACAUGCAAAAUAUGGAACGAAAGUUUUACGAAGUUAAGAAUGUUAAGAUAAUAUAAGGAAGAACAAAGAUUAUAAUUUUUCAGUCAUUGUCUUGAAUACAAUUGUAUAUUCAAUC